AGUGAAAAACUAAAUUUUUCAUACAUGAGUGGGUGGUAGGUUGAUGUUCUCUAUCCUCAUGUGUAUUGAGAACAACUUUUUGAUUUGUACAGACAAGUAGUGGUUAAUAUUUCAUUUUUACUGAAGUAUCACACCACUAUUAUGUCAUCAUUUAGGCGAGCCCAGCAAUGGGCUACAUUUGCAAGAUCUUGGCAUCUGUAUGACAUGAAAUGGCAAAAUCCGUAUGAAUCUGCUUAUGUCAUCAAAAAGUAUUUAUCAGGCCUAUGGAAACCUAUAUAUCAUCCCUUGAACAAUUGUGGAGAUCACGUUGUGGUUAUUAAUUCUAAAGAGGUAGCACUUCCUGGAGAUGAUUGGUAUCGCAGAGCUUAUUUUCACCAUCGUCGGUAUGCAGGAUCCAAAAGUUGGACCCUUGCGUGGGAAUUGCAUGAAGCAGAUAACACACUGAUUGUGAAGAAAGCAGUUUAUUUUGCUCUGGAAAAGGGUCUCUUUCGUGGAAAUCAAAUGACAAGACUUCACAUUUUUCCCGAUGCAAAUAUUCCACCAGAAAUUGCUGGCAACAUUACAAACCAGAUAAGACCAUUGAGGCCGGUGCCAAGCAAGUUGGAGGAGGUUCCUGAUGAAGUUGCUAGUCAGUGUCCUCAACUGUUUGAUCUCCCAGCAGACUUUGUCGAGGGCUCUGACUUGUGGGGUAAACCUGACCCAGAGAGGAAAGCUCAACCAAUUAGAACUCCCUACAAACCUAAAGGACAAGAACCAUGGUGAUUUUUGAAUAAUAAAUUAAGUCUCAUUUCA